AUGGCCGAUGGCUUCUCACCACCCUCUUACAACCCUAAUUUUAAGUUAAUACCAUAUAUAAUCCUCCAUGAUUUGUCUCUUCUCUGUUCCUUCAUCAUAUCUCACCCUCUCUACUCCUCUUACUUCAUCUACUUCGCUCCUUACUUGAUCAAACUCGUCUCCCUUGUGUCUCCUCUGUUCAUCGUCACCGUACUUCUCUCCCUCCUCCUCACGACCACCACAGCAUUCUGCCCUAAGUUGCCGGAAUUGAAACUUGGAAUUCUUCAAAUUGCCAUAGAGGAACUCCGAUCGAACUUGAAUAAUGUUAGCGGAGACGUGGAAGAGUGUAAUUAUGAGGAUUUGGAGGUUUAUAAGAUCUUAUUUGAUUGUGCAUUAUCGAUCACGUUUUGUACCGAAGAAGCGUCGAUUGCAGAAAAUUCGGUUCACGGCAGUGUGACAAAUGAUGUUACAACUAACGAUUCUGCUUUGGAAAAAUUAUGUUUGGAGAAGAUUCAAGUAAGCCGGAGAAAUGAUGAUUCAGAGGUGGUUAACCUAAAAGAGGAAAAAGGCUUGGAAAAAUUGUUUCAAGAGUUGGAUAGAUUUGAGGAAUCUAAAACGUUGAAUCAAACAAGCGCAGAUUUUGAUAAAGUUGUUGAAGAAUUACAAAAAGCUGAGCUAGCUCCGGUGAAAAAAUUCAGUAGCGGAUCCGAUGUGAAGUCGUUGGCGAGAAAUUCAAGUGAUAACAAUAUAUUCAGUCAAUAUUCCGGUAGAUCGAGCUCGUGGAGAUCGAAUUCUUCGAGUACAGUCAGCAGCCAUGGAUCCAUGAGAGACGAGAAGGAAUGGCGGAGGACAUUAGCGUGUAAGCUUUUCGAAGAGCGCCAUAGUUCACGAGGAGGUGGAGAAGGUAUGGAUUCAUUGUGGGAAGCUUAUGAGAACGAUAGUUCAAAGGAUCGAAAGGAAACCAUGAACAGUGCCAUGAACAACAAGAAGAUGAUGCUGAUGAAGAACAGCAAUGGCGGAAUCAAAAGCUCAGACUCAGAAAAAGCAUUGAAAUUAUCAACAGGUAAGAUGAAUUUGGGAAUGAGGAAACCGAAUCUUGUGAAGAUUACGAGAGCUCUCAAAGGGUUUGGGUGGUUGCAUCAUGUGAAGAAAAAGCAUGGUAAGAAAAGUUCUGGUUCUUUCACGGAUUAA